AUGGAUGGCAAAAGUGUGAUAUGCAAAAAGUAUGCAACACAUGCCAAAUGUAAGAGGCGCCGAAACGGAAGUGACAGUGGAAGAAGUGGCAAAAAUCGAAGUAACAAAAGAGGAAGAAGGGGAAGAAGUGAUUGUCGAGAACGCGAUUCAGUCGAAGAUGAUGAAGAACAUGACGUGGUUAGAAGCAGACGUAGUGGACAUAGAAAAGAGAAAAAUAAAAUUUUUUCACAAGGAAAGAGGAAAAUAUCUGCUCAUGGGAUUGAACUCGUACAAAACAAAGGCAAUGUACGCAUAGGGGGGAAAUUUUAUAAUAAGUUAAAACAUAAGAAUUGUGGUAGUGGUAGGAGUAGAAGUAGGAGUAGCAGUAGGAGUAGCAGUAGGAGUAGCAGUAGGAGUAGCAGUAGGAGUAGCAGUAGGAGUAGCGGUAGGAGUAGCAGUAGGAGUAGCAGUAGGAGUAGCAGUAGGAGUAGCAGUAGGAGUAGCAGUAGGAGUAGCAGUAGGAGUAGCAGUAGCAGUUGUAGUAGAAGACGUAGUGGGAGGAGUCGUGGUAGAAGUGCAUCAAAUGUGGAUUAUGAAGCAAAACGUGACGGUAGAAAAAAUUUGAAUCGAAAAGAAAAAAAUAGAAUGAGCAGAAGCAUUAUGAGAAAACAUGACAAUAAAAGAUCUUCGAGUUUGGAUAGCAUUAGAGAAAAGACCACAGAUCAUUAUAAAAUAAUUGAUAACUUGGACAAGCGUGAUAGACAAAAGAACGAAAGAAGAACGAACACCAGUGAUAUGAGCAAUGUGAUGGAUAGUUAUGGCCAUUAUGAUGGAAGUAAAAGUUCAGAAACAUUUCAUUUAAAAAAGGAUAUACAAAAAAAUAAUGAAGAAGUAGAAGAUUCAAAUAAAAAUGAAUCUAAGGAAAAGCAGAAUUUCAAUCCAUCGGGCUUACUAGCACAGGAUAAGAAUUACAAGAAUGGUGUUGAAUUGAAGUAUAUCGAGAGCCUAGACGCUGCGAUUCCAGACAAGAAAUGGAGAUUAUACGUGUUCUUGAAUGUGAACACUAAGGACCCGACGGAAAUAUUGCACAUACAUAGGAAAUCAUGUUACUUAAUUGGAAAGGAUGAUUUGGUUGUAGAUAUAAAGUUAGCAAAUCCUACCAUAUCAAAACAACAUGCUGUUAUACAAUUUAAGAAGCAUGAAAAUAAAGUCCUUCCAUUUCUCCUUGACUUAAAUAGCACCAAUGGUUCAUAUUUGAACAAUGAAAAAAUCGACCCAAACAAAUUUUACGAAUUGAGAGAAACUGACAUCCUAAGGUUUGGAAAUUCAGCAAGAGAAUAUGUCUUACUUCACGAUUCCUCUGAAAACGAUACACAUAUCUGA